CGCCGCAGGGGAAAAAAGGGUCAUUAUAAAUAGCCAAGAAUGUCACCCAUUAAUUUACUAUAGUCUUCUUACAAUCCACAUCAGAAAAAUAUCAUCUGCGCACUCCACAAUGCAUAUCAUCCUUACGGGCGCAACGGGUCUUGUUGGCUCUGCAGCCCUUGUCGCACUACGAGCCAGACCAGACGUCUCCAAGAUCUCCAUUAUCAGCCGUCGCCCGGUUCCUAUGCUGGAGGGCAACAAAGAUGAUCGAAUUCAAGUGAUUCUCCACGAUUUCAAAGGUUACGACAGUGCAUUGAAGGAGCGACUACGCGGUGCGCAAGGCUGUGUGUGGGCACUUGGAAUCAGCCAAACUGCCGUUUCCAAAGAUGAGUACAUUCACAUCACCAAGACCAUGACACUCGAAGCAGCACAAGCCUUCGAGCAACUCAAGUCGGACGAGUCAGACAACUUCAAGUUUGUCUUCGUGUCCGGCGAGGGCGCUACCAGCGAGCCUGGUCGCUUUACGGCUUUAUUCGGACGCGUCAAGGGCGAAACGGAGACCGCUUUGAUGGAGAUGGAGUCGAAGAAUCCUGAUUUCCGCGCCAUGAUCGUGCGCCCUGCAUAUGUCGACCCGAAGGACCAGCAGGCCAUUCAUCCAUGGAUACCACAGGGAUCAGUACUCAAGCGUCUGGGAGAAAGUGCUUUUGGUCCCGUUAUCCGAAGCUUUUUCAAGGGCAUGCAUAGCCCGACUGCGCCUCUGGGAGAAUUCUUGGCAGGUUUGCCGUUGGGCGCAUUUGAUGGAAAAUUGAAGGGUGAGGGUGUGGAGAUGCAUGGUAGUAGCGUGCUGGUGAACAAUGCGGGCUUCCGGCGGAUAAUGGGAUUGAACUAGGGUGACUUUGGCACUGGCGUUGGAGGCAUUCUUGAACAACAUAAAAGAACAUAUUAAUCAUUCACGAGAGUACUAAAGACAUAAUAUUCACGGAAAAUCUACACUUGACUUGUCCACACGAGACUCUCCAC